CUACCUUCAUGUACAUGUCCUUAUGUUAUAUUCUCCAGGUGAUGGUGAUCAGUUUGCAGUCAAUGAUCAGUUCACUAGUAAGUUGGUACGUGUUAAGAUACAGGCCAUCAGUGCUAAGGGGGAGACUGAACCAGAGAGAAAGGAAACAAGACAGAAAGUUGAUGAUGAUAGAAAACACGAGAUUGAAGCUGCUAUAGUUCGUAUAAUGAAGGCUCGGAAGAGACUCCCUCACAACAGUUUAGUGGCCGAGUGUGUGGAACAACUUAAGAACCGGUUCCCUCCUAACGCUAUGAUCAUUAAGAGAAGAAUUGAAAGUUUAAUUGAAAGAGAUUAUCUAUCAAGAUCACCUGAUGACAGGAAAGUUUAUAUAUAUAUGCCAUAGGAUCAAAUUCACUCUCUCU